GUAUGUUGGUAUCUAUACUUACUAAAUUUUUGUCAACAGUUAAUUCUAGUUUAUCAUAUAACUAUACUGUUUUUUUAUCAUACUGAGUUUCUAAAACGUUUUUUUUAAGGUUUAAUAUGUUACAAAUAAUUCCCUUAUUCAGUAACCACAGUAACUUGUCAUAUUGAGUCUUGACGUUGACAUAAAAUAUUUACAUACGUUGGGUUUGUUAAAAUGAAAUUUAGAGCAAGUACAUUUAUAAUUAUUUUUGGAUUUGGUGUCUUCUUAUUGCGUCGUUUGAAAUUAUACCUCGGUUAAACGCUAAACGCAAACAAAAUUCAUUUUAAAAAUUGUAUUAGUUGUCAUGACGCUUGGGUUAGUUGCGAAAGUACCAUAAAUAAUCAGAGUUUGGACAGUAUGGACGCUGAUUAUUCUAUGGAUUCAGAAUAUUACGGAAGCCAACAACAAUCACGUAGAUCUAGAGCAUUACGUAGACCUAGUUUAGAAAGACAAACAACGUUGUACGAUGACUCAAAUUAUUAUGGGCAACCCAACUAUUAUCCUGAACCUAAUGUCACUCAAGUGGGUUACAUGAUGACGGGAUCGCAAACAUUUAAUCAGAACCAAAGCUGUGACGAAUACUACGACACGCUUCCGUAUCCAUUCCAAGAGGAGCGAUAUGGUCAAGAUGAGGAGGAUCGCCAAUGGGAUUCCGGGGGGUACUAUAACACCGCACCACCAGUAUCCAACAAACCUAAGAAAUUACCAUCGAUACCAGUCAUACAGAACCAUAAUAAGCGACGGAACUCAGUCACCACCGUUGACGAAGGAUAUGCAAAUUAUGACGAUCAGUUUGGACGGCUUAUCCAGACACCGACGAGUCGGAGAAGAAUGCCCCAAAUACCAUCGAAACGGACUACAAGCAGACAGAGCUCGAUGAAUGAUCCGGAUAUGUUCGAUGGGUGUUACACCCCUGAGAAUUCGACGCAUAGGGGAGCCAGUUUGCCGCCCACCCCCACGAAAAUCUCGAAGGUAAUUCACCGAUUACCGAAUCAAAAUAAGCCAUUCAACAGUCUGCCCCCAACGCCAGGCCGGUUAUUGCCGAAACCCCACCUGAAUAAUCGAAGUGCCAAGUCGCUACGAAACAAUCCAAUCGUACGCACUACCUCGGCUGAGUAUACGGAUAACAUGACCGAUGGUUAUGACGUCUACGGGGUGCGCCAGGGUGCUAUGAGCGCACCUUAUAACGAAGACUACAACUAUGCAUAUCAGAGUAUAGAUAAUUUGCCGGCACAGCCGGAGGAAGUAGAUAUUACCCCCGUGUCUAGUAUGACCAGUGAUAAUAGAACUAGUAUCAAUGCGAAUGUGGUGAAUGGGACGGACCAGUACAACCAAGAUUAUUUCUAUAACACAGCUCAAUCUGAAGUGGAUUAUGAGGACAGAAAUUACUUCGAUGUUCCACAAACAAAAAACGGAACAGGAAAGAGGGACAGUAGUUUGUUGAUGCAACAGACAACUGACAGUCUCGAGUCGAAGGACGACGAGUAUAAGGAUUCGUACGAUACUGCAGUUUCCUCAGUUAACAGUUCUCUCCAUCAGUUGAAAUCUACUCCGUAUUCGGAAUACUCAACGGCGGCGGAGAUGGUAGUAACGAACACAACGCCAACAGUAGUACAACCGAUCGAGAGCCACCAGCAAGUGAAUUCCGUAACAACGUCGCAAUAUUACGGGGACCAGCAACAAAAUAAAGCAAUAGUGACGAAUUCUUUGCCGAGUGUGACCGUAGCGCAAGUACACAACAAUCAUACAAACUAUGUUAACAACAAAGCUUCCACCAAAGGAUACCUGAAAGCACAAGAAAGUAUUGAACAACCGAGACGAGGACUGAGCGCCACCGUAUCGGUGGACCAAACGUAUUAUGACAUUGAAGAAGAAAAUUACCCGGAACAAUACAAUCACUACGACGACCAUGCCGACCCGUAUCUGGAACCGCAGGAAUCGGUCGAGACCUACGUGGAGGAAGAAAGCGACGUGCCCAACGGCCUCGACUACACCAACAAAGCAAUAAACCAUGACCAAAACCACGACUCUCCCUCAUCUGUGAUACAUGUGGAGAACUACGAUGACACACAUAGUCUGAGGCGCGGUUCCUCCCAAAUAACCGUCGUCGAUCCGUACCAUCCGUCACUGCAACGGUCCCUCGUGCAGCCGGGAAGCCGCCGCGCAUCUGCAACCGAUCCAUUCCCGACGCGACGCACAUCCGGUGACGCUUUCCAAAGUUUCGACGAUCCGUACGCGAUUCCCCCGUCCCGGAAGCAAUCUCUGGUGGACGCGGUCGGUAACCAGAGACGCGCGUCCCUUAGGCACUCGCCGACGCCGCCGGAACACGAGGACAUCCCCGAAGAGGAGCGUGCCGAUAUUGUCGACGACGAUGUGCCCGAGAAGAAGAGCGUGUCCUUCGAAGAGGAGGAGGAGGCCAAACAGCAGAGGCCGCAGGUCACCGCGCAGCAGCGAUGGUUGUGGGCGUACAAUAAGAUCAUCAUGCAACUAAACGUAAGUGAAUAAAUCUUCCAUUUCCAUUUACACGGUAAGCCCAGAUAUAAUUUUGAGGUAUUAAUUUAAGCGAUGUAGAUAAAAUUAAUUUAAUACAGUUUAAUGAACUGUUUUCUUAUAAUUUUAAGUGUGGCU